CUCCUCCUUCUUCUCCGAAGCUCAGAGCCUGGCUUGUUAACUUUAUGGGCUCAACUCCCUCGGAACGCAGUCAUUUCCUCGACUUGGACUGGAAGGCGCGCACACGGUGGCCUGACGCGGAACGCAGUUGCACACGGAGCUGCGGCUGGAUGUCAGCGGAUCGUAGGGAAACACCGCGAUAAUCCCUAAAUGUGAUGAAAAUAUAGGAUAUUUUAUCAUCUCCAAGAUAAACUGACGCACAGAAGGAGAAAAGCAAUCGUCAACCUACUUUUUGGAACUUGGAAUAAAAAUCUUAUUUCUUUCCCAAAGGUGCUUCAAUUAAAAAUGUUGCCACAUUGCUCCUUUCUGCUGUUGCUAUGCGCGGUCCAGCUGCCCUCCUCUUCCUCUGCCUUGCCCUUUGAGCAGAAAGGCUUCUGGGAUUUUGCCCUGGACAGCAUGGACGCCGAGAUGACCAUGGAAAUGAUGAGGGAUCCUGAAGAGGGUUCAGCUGACGAUCUGUUCCCUCACGAAAUACCCACAUGCCCCUUUGGCUGCCAGUGCCAUCUCAGGGUCGUCCAGUGUUCUGAUCUCGGUUUCACCGAGGUGCCAACGAAUAUCCCUCGAGACACCAAGUUCCUGGACCUGCAGAACAACCGUAUCACUGAGAUUAAAGAGAACGACUUCAAAGGCCUUACUAACCUAUAUGGCCUGUCUCUGAGGAAUAAUCUUAUUUCCAAAGUCCACCCCAGAGCAUUUGUUCCUUUGAAGCACAUGCAGAAGCUCUACUUCUCCAAGAAUUUGCUGACCACUAUCCCCAAAAACCUGCCUGCCUCUCUGGUAGAGAUAAGGAUCCAUGAGAACCGCAUCAGGAAGGUCCCAGCUGGAGCGUUCGCAGGACUGAAUAACAUGAACUGCAUAGAAAUGGGAGCAAAUCCCAUCCAGAACAGUGGAUUUGAACCUGGAGCUUUUAAGGGCCUGAAACUGAACUUUCUGCGUAUAUCAGAGGCCAAACUAACCGGAGUCCCAAAAGAUCUCCCACAGAGUCUCCAUGAGCUUCAUCUGGACCACAAUCAGAUCCAGGCUGUGGAGCUGGAGGACCUGAGCCGCUACAAAAACCUCUACAGGUUGGGCCUUGGGUUUAACCAUAUCCGCAACAUAGAGAACGGCAGCCUUUCCUACCUGACCAUGCUGAGAGAGCUGCAUCUGGACAACAACCGCCUCACUCGUGUUCCCCAAGGCCUUCCAGAUAUGAAAUACCUGCAGGUGGUUUAUCUCCAUUCCAACAACAUCAGCCAAGUGGGUGUGAAUGACUUCUGUCCUCGUGGAUUUGGGAUGAAGAGGACAUUCUAUAAUGGCAUCAGCCUGUUCUCUAACCCUGUCAAUUACUGGGAGGUGCAGCCAGCGGCAUUUCGCUGCGUGAGCGACCGGUUCGCCAUUCAGUUUGGCAACUACAAAAAAUAAAAACCAGGCAGACGCUGGAAAAGAGGGAGGAUGAUUGAUGAAGGGAUGAAGAACGGAUAAUUUAAAUAAUGAAAUAAAACUUGAGAUAUGGAGUGAGGUGAAUUUAUAUCUGAGAUUAUUAAUUUUAUUAUUAUUGUUUUUGUAAAGAGGAUAAGUGAGGAAGAGGAUGGGCAAUAAACUGAUGAAACAGGCAGAGAGGAAGUGAAAAAUACAAUCCCAUAACUUGAAGGGAGUGGAAAGCAAAAGGCUUACAGUUCUGCAUGUGAAUUUUGCUUGUUUUGAAUUCAAGGUUCUGAAAGUUUUUUCUGUUUGAUGAAGUCAAAAAUGAGAAGAAUGUUUCAUUCUGAUGAAAACCGAGUGCUUAAAACUUGUGAAACGCUCCAUUUUUUCACAAUAGUUCUUAUUGUAAUUGAGGUCGUUCUUCUUAUAUUAACAUUCUGGUUACGAUUAUGAGAAAAGAAAUAGAAAAGGCAGCGCAUUAUAGAUUUUUAUAUAUAAAAGGUGCUUUUUAUAACUUUCUGUGUGUUGAUUUGGUAAAUACAUUAAGUCCUCCCUGUUUCACUGGUCUGAAGCCAUUUGGCUUGUCACUCUGUGAUUAAAUUAUGCUGUAUUUAUAAACCAAAAUUUGGGCUUUUCCCACCAUCUACAGACAAAAAGGUUGCACUAAAAUAAAAACUUCAGUUCAAGAUAACAACAAGUGGACUCAACAACAACAACAACAAGUGACAGGUUUAAAUUCUGCUAAAUAAAUGUGCCUAUUGAACAUAUUUGACUGAACCACCACCCUGUGCCAUUACUACAUAUUACACCAUCUGAGCAAUACCUUAAUACAGUAUUUCAUACGGGAGCAGUACAGUAGUGGGAAUGUGCCCAAGAUGGAGACAACACACAGUCCGCUUUGCUUUGAAACAAUGAAAGUAGUGUGUUCACUCUGUGCUACAAUCAGUGGUAGUGUCAUUGCAUCGUUUUGCACAGUUUUUUUCUGCUUUGCCUUUUCUGCUUGGAGGUUUACUACGAGGCUAGCCUUUUGUUUUGUUUUGCAUUUGUAGACCUAUGUGGAAAUACUUUAAUAUUAUGUCUUACGUCCUGUCUCUCUUCUGUAAUCUGACAACCUACUGCUGCAUGUGAAUAAAGACAUUUUUAGUCUGCUGCAUUAAGUGCAAGAACAACCGUUCGCCCUGGGUUUGAUGCUCUGUGAGAAAUAAAGAAGAAAUACCAAAAAAUGGAAAACA